AUUUAGAAAGAACCAAAUUGGUCUGAAGUGGCAAUUAAAUUUUUUAAUGUGAGGAAAAACCCAAAGUACUCGGUACUAGCGUCCCAAAAUACAUAAAAUAUAGUGAAAAUAACGGUUUAUUUUACAUAACUCUUUCAAAAAGAACCAAGAAUUCAAUCGUGUUCCAAGAUGAUGGUUGAUGUUUUGGUUCAAAUCCAAGCCACUCAAAGGGCGAAUAAGGAGGAGAAAGAAAGGAAAAACAGGAGGAUGUUUCUGGCCGAGCUUUUGAGGAGUCAUCCUGUUAUGACCAGCGAUCACGACUCAUACAAGUUACGUACUUCGAAGUGGUUCGAUCAUGAAGAGAUUUCCAUCGUGUGUUCAGUUCUCGAGACUGGAUUCAUCGUGGAGAAGAAGCAUAAGAUGCAAGAUGAUUCAUACACCACUUACGGCAUAGCCUUAUGGGACCUUGGAUAUGAAAAAAGCAAGAAUCCGAAUCAUUUGAACAUUUGCGGCCUUAUCGAUGAUAGAGUAUAUAUUUUCAAAUUACUGGAAUUUUGGACAAUGAGGACCCAAAUAAAAAUAUCAAACAGUGGCGACAGAUUUUAUCCAUAUAACGAUGAAGAAGCAAUCAUAUCGCAACUGAAACGUGCUCAGAAAAUGAAAUUCAAUAGCGAUGAACAGUUUGUUUGCUUUUGUAGAUACGGAAAACCUAGAAAGCCUUCCGAUACGAGUUGGAGUUUGAGCAAUAUCGUAGCCAGGUUCAGAGCCUUCUCUGCUAGAUGGUGAGCAGUAUAUUAUGUAAUUAAAAUAUUGUGAGAAUGUUUCGAAAAAUUCUUUUUUACUUUCGUUAAAAAUCGAUACUUUGUUAUGUCUUAUGAAAUAAUUGUAUUAUAUGUUAUAAUUAUAUUAUAAUUAUUGAAGAAAAUUUCUGUACUCAGAAUGACCUCCAUAUGUGUUCAUUAUUUUCAUUUCCUUUAUUAUCCAAAAUAAUAAAACAAAGAUGAUUUCA